AUGCUGCUUGAAAGAUUCCACAACAGACUACACGGAUCCAAGCAUGCCAAGCAUGCCAAGCAUGCGGAUUCCUCCCCCAAGUUAGACGCUACGCCCAAUCGCGAUACUGAACAGUCUCUUGAAGAUCAAGAUAGCAUGUCCGUGGACGGCGACAGCGAAAUGCAGGGCGCGGGACCCAAUCCCGAAGCAAACGAACUUCGCAUCAACACCCAGAUGUGCAGUUUCCGUAAUUUCAUCUCGCAAAAUGGCGUCUCUACCCCCGUGUCGACACCGUCCACUCAGCCGAUCAUGCCAUACAUGUACAUGAAUCAGAAACGACAAGACAGCGUUGCAUCCUUUGCCAGCACAAUUUCCGAUAUGUCUUAUUCGCAACCGGGACCUAACAAAAAUAAUGCUUCCUCCGUUUCCUCGUUCUCGACACAGUUUGUUCGCCUGCUGAUGGAUGUCUAUCAGGACAUAUGUUCCGACCCAACGGCCACUCCAUUUGACACUACUAAUCCCCCUCCCGGCAUACUAAAUAGAGCGGCCAAAGUCGCAAUUGCCAGGGCAGAAGAAAAAUCGGUCGAUUAUGGCCGCGAGAGAAGCGCAUUGCUGAUAGCAUCAGUGAGAAAGAGGCUACAGCAGGAGGUACGCCUAGAUGGAUAUCUAUCACGCAACAGCUCGAUGGUGUCGUUACCAGCUAUGCCACUUUUCAAUUCUUCUGAUAUGGGCCCUCCAAUGAAUCAGGACUACUUUGGUAUACAUUCAGAUAUUACGCCUCAGCAACCGCUAUCUACACCAUUCCAAAUCUCAAACUAUAGUUCAGGACAACCACAACAGCAACAACAACAACAACCCCUGCAAACGCCAUUCGAACACCGAACUUCGAUUCCAAAAACGUUACAGCGCUCAAGGAACGACAGUUUCAUAAGUGCUGCUGGCAGAAGCCGCAGUGGGUCCAAUCAAGUAUUCCCUUUUCCACAAUUACAAGCACCUUCAUCCUUAGAACCUGGACUUGCUAGGUCAAGGUCAGGAAGUAACGGAUAUUUUGCAUUGACUCCUACAAACUCAUAUCUGGGAGAUAUACAACGGCCCACAAUAUCAAGACAAAAGAGUAACGAUUCUUCUGCAUUUGACAUGUAG